UAUGAAUUGCUCCUGAGAGAUAAAAGUGCAGUUCAGUGAGUAGAAACAAUGCUUUUAUCUCUCUUUUUUUUUUUUUUAAAUCCUGAGCAAAACAGAUUCAUGUGAAAUCACAAGGAACGCCUGCAAAAAUAUCAAUAAUGCAUUCUUUUAGAUUCUUUUAGAAGUCCCGAGGUCGAGGUGUAAACUGUGGGGGGAUUUAUUCACCUUCUGACCUGGCACCUUUUAAAACCCACCUUGAAAUGUAUUUAUGUAGAGUGACUUUUUGAUACUUCUGCUUUUCAUGUACCUUUGUCUGAUUUUCAUCUUUCGUUAUAUUCUAUUUUGUGUUAUUUCUUAACGUAAAGCCCUUUGCAAACACCUGGAGGGUCGCUGUGAAGAUCGAUUGAUUGAUUGAUUGAUUUAAUGCAGGGACAAUCUGUGGAGCCCUGAGCGAGGUUCAGGACUAACGCCGACUCCACUCAGACCUUCACGUGGAAUGUUCAAGGGCGUUGGAAGCGUAAAUAAAAGGGGUUCCGUUCCAGCUCCGUGCCGGUAAAAGUUUCACCAAUAGCCACGGCAGCUGAACAAGAGACGUGCCUGCGGUCCGGGUCAGAAGGGGGAGUGAACGGAGACGCAGAGAGUGGAUGGAGUGAAGAGCAAGCACAGACCCAAAGAGCCUGCGUGGGGAUUUCUACGUGUGUACAGCUCGGAGCUGCUGGAGCGACUUCACCGGGACGCUGCUCUUUGACCGCAGGAACUUUCAAAGUUGCCAGUUUCCAUAAAAAAAAAGUUGUCACCUCUCGUCAGAAUGAGGUUCCUGGCCCUCGGCCUCGUCUGCCUGUUGAGCUGUGACGCAGUCGGGCUGGGCAGGCGCCGUCCCAGGCCGAUCGCAGCCAGGAGGCAAAGCGAGACGGCCGUCCAAACCAAGCCGCCGGAGAGCCCUUGCAGAGCCGCCCCGCUGGAUUUUGUGUUUGUCAUCGACAGCUCCAGGAGCAUCCGCCCCAACGACUACGAGAAGGUCAAGACCUUCAUCGUCAACCUCGUUCAGUUCCUCCAGGUUGGCCCCGACGCCACCCGGGUCGGCCUGCUCCAGUACGGCAGCGAGAUCCAGCCCGAGUUCUCCCUCAAAACUCACACCAGCAGGGCGGCGGUGGAGCAGGCAGUGAGGAACAUGGAGCACCUCGCCACGGGGACCAUGACCGGUCUGGCCAUCCAGUACACCAUGGAGACCGCCUUCAGGGAGGAAGAGGGAGCGAGGCCAGCGAACCUGCGCAUCCCACGCAUCGCCAUGAUCGUGACCGACGGGAGGCCCCAGGACGCGGUGGAGGAGGUCGCGGCUCAGGCCAGGCGGGCUGGCAUCCAGAUCUUCGCCAUCGGCGUGGGCCGGGUGGAUAUGAACACCCUGAGGGCCAUCGGGAGCGACCCACACUCCGAACACGUCCACCUGGUGGCCAACUUCAGCCAGAUACAAAGCCUCAUCUCUGUGUUCCAGGCCAAACUGUGCGGAGGUACAGAGAUGUGUGAGGUUGUGGACCAUCAGUGCCAACAUAUCUGUGUGAGCAGCCCGGCUUCAUACAGGUGCCAGUGCAGCGGCGGGUUCGCCCUCAACCCUGAUGGCAAGACAUGCAAAGAAAUCGAUCACUGUGCCGACGGCACCCACGGGUGCGAGCAGGAGUUCACGAACACUGGGGACUCGUGUGUGUGUAGAUGCAGACGAGGCUUCACACUCGGGCCUGACGGGAAAACAUGCAGGAGGACGGAUCACUGUGCUGACGGGAAACAUGGCUGUGAGCAUGAAUUCAUGAGCACGGAAGAUUCAUGCGUGUGCAAAUGCAGAAAAGGAUUCAAACUGCGCCCUGACGGCAGAACGUGUCAGAGUCUGGAUCGUUGUCAGACAGUGGAUCACGGCUGUGAGCAUCAGUGUGUCAGCACCGCCGACGCCUACAUCUGCAAAUGUUUUGAAGGAUUCAUGUUGGCUGCGGAUGGCAAGAGCUGCAAGAAACCAGAGUGCGGCGACGGAGUGAUGGAUCUGGUUUUUGUGAUUGACGGCUCCAAGAGUCUGGGCCCCGCCAACUUCGAGCUGGUCAAGCAGUUUGUCAAUGGCAUCGUGGACUCGCUGGACGUGUCCCAGGCGGGCACACACGUGGGCCUGCUCCAGUACUCCACCAAGGUCCGCACCGAGUUCGCCCUGGGCCAGCACACGGCGGCGCAGGACGUCAAGCGGGCGGUGGCGCGGAUGCAGUACAUGGGCAAAGGCUCCAUGACGGGCUCGGCCUUACGCCACAUGUUCGAGUUCAGCUUUUCCGUCAAGGACGGCGUCAGGCCCAACGUGCCGCGUGUCUGCAUCGUGUUCACCGACGGAAGGUCACAGGAUGAUGUUUCUGAAUGGGCCAGUAAAGCAAAGAAGUCUGGGAUCACCAUGUACGCCCUGGGCGUUGGCAAAGCCAUCGAGCAGGAGCUGAGAGAAAUAGCCUCAGAGCCCGAUGAAAAGCACCUCUUUUACGCCGAGGAUUUUGAAAAGAUGGGAGAGAUUACGAAGAAGCUCAAGUCCAGGAUAUGUACAGACAAACCACCUGAGGAAAACAUGUGCCAGUGUGAGAACGUGAUAACGUUUCAAAAGCAGGUCACGGACAAGUUGAAGAACCUGCUGCAGAAUAUCGAAGACAUGUCCAAGAAGAUUGAGACACUGGAGAAUCAACUUGUGCACAAGUGAAAGGCCGAGACCCUAGAGUCCGUCCCCCCUCCGAUCUGCAGCGCAGCAUCCAGAGAGCAUCCCGUGAAUCCCGCUCAGCAAGCCGUACACAAAUGCAAACGCUUUCUACGGAUGCUAUUUAUACACGUUUUGUAUACAACACAAUGUAUUCAAUGUGGGUUUUUGUUGUUGUUGUCUGUAAAUGGUCUUUCUUAUGUAAUGUAACUCUUUCGGACAGAAAACCGACACAUGAAACACUCAUUGUGUGCCAAUGUCGGCGUUGUAAGGACCCCUGUUGGGGACUCACAGUCUUUGGAACUGGCAAAGCACAUCAAUUAAUAAAAGCUGCUCACUCAA